UCGUUAUUCCAGACCUUGGUCUCCAGACGCGUUGUAUUUUUUGGUAUAAAAGACCGCGUAAAUUUUAAUCAAACAACCAGUAUCAAUCCUGUAUUCGUACAGAAACUAGUAAAACAUUCAAAAAUGGCUAAAUUUUUCAUGACAUUGUUCGUUGCUGUGGCACUCAUUGCCUACGCCGCUGCUCAAUAUGGUCAUCAAGGAGGAUUUGGCGGUGGUCAUAAUCACGGUGGUGGUGGUCAAGGAGGCUUUGGCGGUGGCGGUGGUCACAAUCAAGGAGGCUUUGGCGGCGGCGGUGGUCAUAGUCACGGAAGUGGAGGCUAUGGUGGCGGUGGUCAUAAUCAAGGAGGCUUUGGUGGCGGCGGUGGUCACAGUCACGGUGGCGGAGGCUAUGGUGGCCAUGAUCAUGGACAUGGUGGUGGUCGUGGUCAUCACCACUAACAAGCUGAACUGCAAAUAGAUCUCCUAUCAACAUAAAGAAAAGCCGUCAACUACUUUGCAAGUUGAUGAAAAAUCAAUGCUCAGUCAAUAAAAAUACAAAAAAAAACCAUAAAA